GCGCCCGCCUCCUGACUGACUGAGCCAAGUCGAGUCCAAGUCGGUCUCGCCGCCCUCUGGCUCUCGUGUCUCUCUCUCCGCACGAGCCACGGCCAACGACUCGAAAUCCCUCGACGACAAGCAGACAAAUUUGUUCCCUCACUCACCCCCCCUCAUUCACCCAGACGAGACGCCAACGAUGCCCCCGCAACUCUCGUCGUCAGGCACCAACCCCUCCUAUACCGACGAAGCCAAACAGCUCUUCCUGCACCCCUUCACCCCUCCAGCAAACACUACUCGCCGAGCCCUCCUUCGCCGGCUGCUCGUCCGCUCCAUACCAAUCCGCAUCGCCUCCUCUUCCUCCUCACGCUCCUCCCCGCCCAUAACCCUUCCCCUCUCAGUACGCCCCGCUCUCCUCCUCCUGAACAUCGUGGAUCUCCUCCUCCUCGGCCUACUAGGCUUCCACCCAGCAAGCUCCACAGUCGUACCCUUAAACGACAAGUUGCUCCACUUCAUCUGCUUCUUCCUGGCCUCCCUCCUCUUCUACUCUAUAUGGGACGUACCCUCCACCACACGACGCACCUCCCCCUUCUACCGGUACCUACCACUAGGGUUGAGCUUCUUUGUUUGCUUCCUAGUCGGAGGGGUAGGGAGCGAGUUUGUUCAGGCACUGCUGCCGUAUAAACGCUUUGAUUGGUGGGAUGUGGUGGCUAAUCUUGCCGGGAGUAGUUUGGGACUCUGGGUUAGUUGGUGGGCGGAGAGGAGGUAUAGGUUGGAUAGGGAGAUGAGGAGCGAGUAUAGGGCGGUGGAUGUUGAGGAGAUUUAUGGGGACGAUGCGGGGAGCGAUGCGGGGAGUGAGGGGGAGGGGGAGGAGGAGGAGCAGCAGCAGCAGCAGCAGCACGGUGCCGGUAGGCAAGGAGGGAGAGGACGACAUGAUCCUUGGAGUGCGCAUGACGACGACAUCUACUCGACGCAGCAAGGGGGAAGAUCGAAUGGCUCAACAAUGUUGUUCAGCAUCGAUGACGAUGAUGAUGAUGUUGAGGAGAGGGCGGGGAAGAAGACGCAGUCGACCUCGAUACCACCAGAUGGGCAAGGGCAAGGCGAGGCAAACGUGUGGAGCGAUGACCAUGGCCGGUGAGGCCGCGAUUCUUUUGUCGUUGCUGGAUAAUUGAAAUCUGUAUCAAUUGUUGUGUCUUCCCACCCUCUACUGCCCCUCUACAUCGUCUGCUCCCACGCUAUCCUCCGCCCAUCGUCUACUGCUGCUUAGGCUGAGCCUUGAUGCUAGUCUGUUGUCGCAAGAGGAUCUCAACGUCAGGUCAGUCCCUACUACUCCCAAUUCUCUCAUUGCCU